GCUGCUGUCGGGCCCCAACUCCGAGAAUGUGACCCCAACAGCUCCCCCGUACCUGCAGGAUUCAAGUCCCCGAGAAAGGUCUCCAGAGCUGCUGGUGUCUGAAUACCAGAUGUUCAGCUUGGCAUUCUAUCCCACAAACCACAAGUGAAGUCAUCGAGUCAAUACCCUUAAAGCAGGACUGUAUGUUGUGGUGUUGGUGGUGGUUGCAGCAGAGUCUUCUCGUCUUUCCUCUGGCUCCUCGUGAAAACCUAUAGCUGCUGUCUUCAGUGUCAGACGUGCAUUAAGACACACAAAGCAGCAAGAGGAGGAGAAACAGACCUGAGACUAAGUCGGGGUGGAUACUAACACGGCAGAAAUUUAGAUUUAAUCCUAAGGUGUUGUGGAAUAAUAAAAAAUAUUCUCCAUCUGGUCGCACUGUGUUACAUUUUAGAUUAACAAAGCGUAGUAGAGGAGGAUUCACUUAGCUUUGUUGUGUAAUAAGAGCCACUCUGCUGCCUGAAACUCAGUGGGAGUGUCCAGUCUUGGCAUGCUCGCGUCGUAGUCGUAGCCAGGUUCGCCCAAAUGUAGACGGGUGUCCCAUCUGUCCCUGUGGUGUCAACCGGUUCAGAGUCUCUAAAUGUCGGAGCCAAGCACGUUUACCCACCGACCCAUGCCAUUAUCUCAUUCAGGGCGAGAUAAGAUUCUAAUAAUUAGUCGAUUGUUAGAUUGGAUGGCUUCUUCGUGUCACUGAGUCGUCAGUCGGGUAAAUGAAGCCAAACAAAGAGACUGUAUAUUCUGAUAUAGCUGGUUAAUAUUUUUUGGAAAGAAGCUUGUCAUGAAUCCAGAAAGCAUGUUUGCGUCCUCACUUUUUCUCCGGUGCCUAAACAUAUUUAGCUUCCUGUCAUGGAGGGGGAGGAGCAGCAGCUCUACAUACCACAUCUGGAUGGAGGAAAUGUAUUUUGGCAUUUUAGUUUAGAAAAAUGUGAGACUGACAUCUGAACGAGUAUUUAAGUGUUGAUCGAUAUAAAUAUGAUUUCAACUUGCCAGAGCUUAAGAAUAUAGAUGGCGUAAUUACUGUAUACUCACAUUUUAUUUAAACCUCUGCUCCUGUUAAUUAAAAUUAAACUGAUAAAGGUAUUAUGGUUAAUUGUGUAACUACAGAUUUUAUUGGCUUUAGCUACGUUACAGACAAGCAGAAUUUUAAAUAUGCCACAAAGCCAUUGUAGUAAAGGCAGUGGCUGGUGCAAGCCUGGAGAUUAAAUGUUAAAACUCUGAAAUACAGACUAAAUACACGAGGUUAAUGUGGGAUUAAACAGUACAGAGGUCAUUAUGGUGGCCACUGUAGUCAGUUCACAGUAGGCCUUGCAGACAUAAAGAGAAAAUCUUGUCUGAAAAAUGGCAGCCAGUUUAAUUUGGCGACUUAUUCAACUAAUUCAACAGUGGAAAAUAAUCUUUAACAAAAACCUUCAAGUUUAGGUGGAAUUAUUCAGGUACUAUAAAUUAUUCUGUUUCCAAAGUACAAACUGGACACACAAAGCCAAUUUUUUGUUCAUGAAGCUGCUUUUCUCCAGAUGCAUGCCAUUAACAUCUGGCUGUGUGCUUUGCCUUCCUCUUCUCAAAGCCGAACUACCUCCUCCUUACACAGCCAUCGCCAGCCCCGAUGCCGGCGGUGUGCCUGUCAUCAACUGCCGCGUUUGCCAGUCGCUCAUCAACCUGGACGGAAAGCUGCAUCAGCACGUGGUCAAGUGCACUGUCUGCAAUGAAGCUACACCCAUUAAGAAUCCCCCUACAGGGAAGAAGUAUGUGCGGUGUCCCUGCAACUGCCUGCUCAUCUGUAAAGACACAUCCAGAAGGAUAGGAUGUCCUCGACCAAACUGCAGACGCAUCAUCAACCUGAGCCCAGUGAUGGUGAUCCCCGAGGAGCAACCCGCCCAGCCAGCGCUGCCCAUCCAACCCGAGGGAAUGAGAGUGGUCUGUGGCCACUGUGGCAACACCUUCCUAGGCAGUGAGGACGCCAGGACAUCACAGCCUAUGUCUGGUCUCCCCAGUGAUGGCUCUCCACCAGCACAACAACAGUGGAUGGAGCUUCGAUUUAACACGCUAGCCAAGUGUCCCCACUGCAAAAAAAUAUCCUCCGUUGGCAGUGCGCUCCCUAGGAGGCGCUGUUGUGCUUAUAUAACUAUAGGAAUGAUCUGCAUUUUCAUUGGAGUGGGUUUAACAGUUGGCACUCGGGACUUCGCCAGACGUUACAACGCCACCUACGUGUCCUGGGCAUUUGCCUAUCUGCUGGGCCUCAUCUGUCUGAUACGUGCCUGCUACUGGGGGGCUAUCAAAGUGAGCUACCCAGAGAAUAGCUUCGCCUAGAGUGAUCAGAACAUGUGCACGGCUGGAAGAACAAAACUUCACUUUUAGUUUUUUCAUCUUGCUCAGAUUUCAGUCAUGUUCGGCGAAGUGGAACAUCUGUAGAGUGAAUGGACAGGAGUUUGUUCAAGAAAGAGUAUGCUGGUGAUUUUUCUUCAUGUUCCGUUUGUGUCUGGAAUAUUUUUGACUUACUGAACAAACCUACUGCCUGUCAGUCAGUCCUGUACCGGUCCACUGAGACUCAAAUCCAGUCCAAGUCUCCUAAAAUCGUUCAAAGUACAGAAUUAAGAAAUUGAAAUGAUCUUUCUUGAUGAAUGCCUGAAUUAAUUGGUUCACAUGCUGAUUUUAGAAAUGAUAGUGCAAGAGACUGGCUGGGUUUAGGAUUUUAUUUUUUUUUAUCAGUUUUCUUUCCUUCAGCAGCCUGAAUGACGUGACUGCACCCACUUGAUUUUUCUCGUUACCGACCAGACCAAAUUGAAACAACCUAAGAACAGUUUUCCCAUUGCACUACAAUUAUAUGCAAUUGUGUUGUUUUGCUGCUAGUUAAUGUCCAGCUGCAGAAAGCUGCAUAUUCAUACUGCAUUGUAACCAUUUCUCAUGCCUGUGUACACUGACAUAGUAUUGCUAUAUGAUUUUAACUCCUGAAAAUGUUGAUUUUUGAGGAGAAAUUAUCCUUAAAUACCCAUGUGUGCCAACUUUUCUUCCAAGUGUUUAGUCAGGAAGAGUGUCAGAUCAAGAGGAGCUUGUUUUGUUUUUUUAAAAUCAUUUCUUUGUGCCAUGCAGCUUUUAACUCACUACAGCAAUAACCAGUUUGAGUUGUUAUGAAGCUUCCUGGUCCUCUGUCCCCAAGCUUUUCACUGUUACCUUCUCAAAAUGAUCCACCAAAACAAAACAUGGUGACUCACGUUUGCAUGCCAACUUUCUUUUCUCUUCCAGUUUUAGAGGUAGUUGAAGCCUAUGAUGUUCCUGUCUUUGCUCCUUCUGCCUGUGAGUUAGAAUGUAAACCCUCCUCCCUUUGCUUAUAUCGCUGCUCUUUGACCUCCAGUGAACUCUGUCUAGCUAGCAUUGCUAUACGCUAACUCAGCAUCCUAUCUCUUGACCUUGACCAGUGGGCACAGUUCAAACUCCUAACCUUGUUUUGAAUGUGAUUAUGACGAUGAAGCAGAAAAUACUAAGAAAUACUUUGUACAUAGUUCAAAUUCAGUACUUGGGUAAGUGAGUAUGUACGUAGCGUGAGCUAGAAGGUAAAGUUGGCUUUUUAAAAAUGAUAAUUUAUCAAUAAAAAAUAAAAAAACCUGCCUGUGCUGAUUUGUUUGUUGAGUGAGAUCAGAGUUUAAGGAUAAAAUAUUAGCCGCUCGUUGUGUGAUGAAGCAAAUAGAACCAAAUCAACAGCAAAAAGCAGUCUGCAAAGGUUUCUGUAGGAUUACCACACAGCUAUGCUGGUCCCUUUUUUCUAAUGCUAAACUAGUUUUGUUUUUCCUGGCAAGUCUGCAGCUGUUUUAUUUAUUGUUCAGUCUUUCAACAGUACUACCAAGAGAUCUUACUAAAAAUAGUCUUUGGCUCACCAGAAGUAAUUCAUGUUUCACUGGACUGAAUUCUGAUGCGUUUUUGCUAAUCUAACAAAUGCCCAGUUCAAUAAUGCAAGAAAGACAAGGAAAGCUGGAAAGAAAACAUAAAAUGAUUUUGCACCCUAAUUUAUGAGGUAGUCCGGCUUUGUGAUUUUGUCAUCAGAAGAAGAUUUGAGAAAACGAGACGAAAUAAGUGGUAGUUAAUUGUUUUAAGUCUAGCUGUAUUUUCCAGGUGAGUCUUCAGCCAGUUAACUGUUCAGUGUUUUUUUUUUUGCAGUAGCCGACCUACUAUAGUGAUGUGUAAUACCAAUUUUUUUGGCCAACGAUCUUAUUUGUGAGAUAAUUGCAUUAAACUGCUCUUAUUGACUUCAACAGUACAAUUAAUUGAAGGAUUCACAUUAGCAGAGGUGAGGCCUGACAGUCAUUAGCUACCUGUAUCAGAACACCUGGCAAUCAACACAUGACCCUUCUCAUUUCAUCUUUGUGACUGGUAAGAUAUAUGCUUCUUUUUAAAUUGAAAACGCAAUGAUGAAUCUAUUUAUUUUUAAAACCAGGUUAUCAAGAUUUACAACCUCCCCCCCCUUUUUAAUCAGAAUAGUACAGUGGCCCUGAGAGGCCAAA